CGCGCGAAAAUUUUCUAAAUUAGAACUUAAAUCCGAUUGGAAUUAUAUUCUGAGAUUCAGAUUUCAAAUAAUUUCGACCAAUCAAAAUUAACGUGAAUACUUUGAAAAAUGUUUCCGGACGGUACAUCAGAGAUUAGGUGAAAAAUUUGUGCCAGUGUUCCAAUUUAAGGACAAGCUAAAUAGUAAAAAAUGUCUUCAGUGCAUUCAGAUGACGAUCAGGAAGAGAUCAACGUGGACUCCGACAGUAGAUUGUCGGGUCAGUGCGAUAGAAGUAUUAUUUCGGAAGACAGAGAUUCAGAGCACAGCUAUCAUGAGAGAUACCGUGAUUCACCGAAUGAACACAUGACAGAUACUCAGCAAAGGGUAAAUUUGCCGUUUAGCAUAUCUCGUCUCUUAGGCAAACAAUUCGAGGAUUUAGAGAAACGCCGUAAUUCUGGGGAAAGUGAUGACAGGAGUGACCAGGACACUGAAUCUGAGAGUGCUAAGGAUGAUGCGAAAGACAUUUCUGGGUUGCCUUUGAAUUUUUCUCAUACCCCAGGACUGUAUCCUAAUUCUGGACUGUUGUUGAGACCUGGUUUAGGGUUGGGUGGUGGAUAUGGGUUUGGGGGCAGUCCAGGGGUGGUGAGAGUACCUGCUCAUAGAGCGUUGGGAGCUUUGGGCGCGUGGGGAGUGGCGCUAGACCCCAUGCGGCAAGCUGCAGCUGCUGCCUUUGCGCAUCAGGUUGUUAAGGAUAGACUCAAUGCCUCCUUCCCCAUCACAAGGCGAAUCGGGCACCCAUAUCAAAACAGAACGCCACCAAAGCGCAAGAAACCCCGUACUUCAUUCACAAGACUUCAAAUUGCCGAGCUGGAAAAAAGAUUUCACAAGCAGAAGUACUUAGCUUCAGCAGAACGAGCGAGUCUCGCGAAAACAUUGAAAAUGACAGACGCGCAAGUCAAGACAUGGUUUCAAAAUAGAAGGACUAAAUGGAGACGUCAAACAGCAGAAGAAAGGGAGGCCGAACGACAAGCGGCGAAUCGGCUUAUGCUAUCAUUACAAGCAGAAGCUCUGAGCAAAGGAUAUAUCCCAGAGCCACCCGGCACCACGUCUUUGUCAGCACUACACUAUCAAAGCCCACCUAACAACGCUCAAGGUCCUCCUUCGAACACAGCAUUGAGCGCGUUGCAGAAUUUGCAACCAUGGGCGGGUAAUCAAGGGUCGUUUAUGAACGCGCCGCCGAACACAGCUCCGCCUUCCCACCCCCCGCCAGUUGCUUCGCCUAUUUGUUGAGUUCCAGACGGUUCUAGAAAAGGUCAAUUGAUAUACUUCUUCACUUGUAUACAUGCUUCUAUGUAAUUAUCUAUUCCGGUUUCUAUACAAAAAUAAUAUUUCUCCAAAUGCAUAUAAAAACAAAGUGUUUUCAAUUUUGAUAUCACUAUCCUCGAUAUUACAGUUUAUAUUAGGAACGUGGACUAUUGUAUAGUUAUAAACAACUUAAAAUAAGGCAGCUGGUGCACUGAUCCUUGGUCUCAUGACACAAGUACUAAUUAUUUAUUAAAG